AUGGCGAGCCCCUCGCCUCCCCGCAACCCCACGGAGGUGCAGAUGAGCCAGCUGGUGCUGCCCUGCCACACCAACCACCGCGGCGAGCUCAGCACUGGGCAGCUGCUCAAGUGGAUCGACACGGCCGCCUGCCUCUCCGCCGAGAGACACGCUGGCUGUCCCUGCGUCACGGCCUCCAUGGAUGAUAUCUAUUUCGAGCACACCAUCAGCCAGCCGUAUCCAAACCCUCCUGGACAGUGGGAUGGGAGGAGCGGUGUCUGCGUCGGGCAACUCGUCAACAUCAAAGCCAAAGUGAACCGAGCCUUUAACUCCAGCAUGGAGGUGGGGAUCCAGGUGAGCUACGAGGACCUGUGCAGCGGGAAGCACUGCAGCAUCUGCAAGGCCUACGCCACCUUCGUGGCACAGGGCCCCUCGGGCAGCAAGGUGAAGCUGAAGCCGCUGGCCCCACAGACGGAGGAGGAGAAGACUGAGCACAGCAUCGCUGCUGAGCGCCGCCGCAUGCGCCUGGUCCAUAAGGACACUCUCAAGGACCUCCUCACACGCAGCUCCCCCGAAACUGAGCUGGAGACGCGGGAUGGCAGCGUGACAGUGCCGGCUGAGAAUACGCGGGUGGAGAGCGUGGAGCUAGUGCUGCCCCCGCACGCCAACCACCAGGGCAACACCUUUGGGGGUCAGAUCAUGGCCUGGAUGGAGAACGUGGCCACCAUUGCAGCCAGCCGGCUGUGCCAUGCCCACCCCACGCUGCGAGCCAUCGAGAUGUUCCACUUUCGGGGCCCAUCGCAAGUCGGGGAUCGCCUGGUGCUCAAAGCCAUUGUCAACAACGCCUUCAAAAACAGCAUGGAGGUGGGGGUCUGCGCCGAGGCCUACGGCCAGGAGAUGUCUGUCAGCCGAAGGCACGUCAACAGCGCCUUCAUGACCUUCGUGGUGCUGGACCAGGAGGGCCGUCCCCGCACCCUGCCCAUGGUGGCACCCGAGGCAGGGGAUGGAGAGAGGAGGUACAGAGAAGCCAGCGCUAGGAAAAAAAUUCGGCUGGACCGAAAAUACGUCGUCUCCUGCAAACAGACCGAGGUACCACUCUCUGUACCCUGGGACCAAAGCAACAAGGUUUACCUGAGCUACAACAACGUCUCUGCGCUGAAGACGCUUGUGGCCAAAGCCAACUGGGCACUCGCCAGGGAAAAGGAUAAGGUGCGGAUGUACACGCUGGAGGAGGACAAGUUCCUCUCCUUCCGCAUCGAGAUGUCGGUCCACAUCGCUGCCGGCCAAGCCUUCUCUCUGCUUUCUGACCUGCAGCGCCGGCACGAGUGGGACAGCCACUACGUGAGUGCCGAGCUGGUCCAGCAAGUGGAUGACGACGAUGUGAUCUACCAUGUGGUGAGCCAGACACUCAGCCACGAGAACAAACCGCAGGACUUCGUCAUCCUGGCGUCCCGACGGAAACCCUGCAGCAAGGGGGACCCCUACGUGGUGGCCUUUCGGUCGGUGACGCUGCCCACCCACCCCGCCAGCACCGGCUUCACGCGAGGGGAGACGCUCUGCUCCGGUUUCUGCAUUUGGCCGGAGUUGGAUGAGAUGAGCAAGGUGGCUUAUUACAACCAGGCUACACCGGGGUACCUCAACUACGUCACCACCAACGUGGCGGGGCUGUCCUCCAACUUCUGCGCCACCUUCGAA